ACACUAUGGCAAACAUUGUGAAUUUGUCAAAAGAGCAUUUCACUUGGGCUUCUUUUUAGAGUUGAGGAUAACACUGCUUAGAAAGGAAAUAUUUGUUUUUCUACAAUGUCUUUACUCUUUAGACAAAGUGUUGUUUAGUUUAUGAUAAAGUUCAAUUGACCAUUGCAGUUGAAGAGAAAGCAAUGUACCUGAGCCUACUGGUUAUAACAAGCCUCUUUUUCUUCUCAGUUCCUUCCUCUCUUCAUCAACACAAAGUUUUGUAGCAUUAGAAACAUAGGAGUAUGAGUAGAAACACCAUACUGCCCAUGCAGAAGCUGAUAGUUCACGCGGCGAUUCUCAUUUUUGCUCUUCUACCAUCAGUCAGUUCAACUCAAAAGCACACAAAAAGGAUUAUUCAUGAAUCCAGUCAUCACAAAGUCCUUGAGUUAAGCCCAAAGCUGUCAUUUCAAAUUAUCCUGCAUGGAUUUCUGCUAUGGGUUUCUAUGGGUUUCUUGAUGCCUAUCGCGAUUCUUGUAAUGAGAAUGUCAAAUAGACAGAAAUGUGGAAGAAGGCUAAAGCUUAUUUUCUAUACUCAUGCUUCUUUACAGAUAUUAUCUGUUAUCCUCGUAAUAACAGCAACAACUUUGUCAGUAAUAAACUUUGAGAACUUUUUCGACAAUACUCACCAACGGAUUGGCUUAGCUCUAUAUGUUGCCAUAUGGCUGCCAAUAGUCGCUGGGAUUUUUCGGCCUGACAAGGGAAGCAAAAGAAGGGGUGCAUGGUUUUGUUUCCACUGGCUCAUUGGAAUCACAGUUACUUUACUGGGAAUUGUCAACAUAUAUACAGGAUUACAGGCCUAUCACAUGAAAACAAUGAAAAGCAUCAGUGUUUGGAACUGGCUUUUCAGUGCUGAGGUCGCUGUUAUCGCGUUCAUCUAUCUACUCCAAGAAAAAUGGCACUAUAUCAAGCAAUCAGGAGUGACCGUAGGCAAUGAUUCAGUACGACCAACGGAUCAAGAAACAUCUCCAACUAACGAGAAAAAUGAAUUGUCAUCCAUGCCAUCACCAGAGCCAUGUUAAGACUUCAGACAAACAAAUAAUUUGCCUUUUACUAACAUUAAAUUCUUUUGUUUUUUUACUAACAUUAAAUUCUUUCCAAUUUUGUUACAAUUUCACAAACAAAUAUGAGAGUUUUGUGUAGUACAAUCAGUGUAGAGCAUCGUAUACAGCAAUUAAUAUGAGGAAUCUUGUGUCCGCCUUUUACAUUUGUAGUAUAAAUUUUGUAUCUAUAUCCGCCUUUU